AUGGUAAGUGAAACGGGCCCAGCACCGAAUCAGGCCGACACGGUCGCAUUCUGGCGCGGCCUGUGGUCAGAGCCCGUAAACCACAGCGAGGGCCCUUGGACGGAAGUUGUGGCGAGUCAGUGUGUGAGUAUUAUGCCCAUGGACCCCGUCAUCAUAACGCCGAAUGACGUAGCUGAGGCGGUCCGUAGAGUCCCGAACUGGAAAAGUCAGGGACUCGACAGGCUGCAUCAGUACUGGCUGAAGGAGUUCAUGGUAUGUCACGCUGUGCUCACCCGUCAGUUUCAAGAAGCUCUCAACUAG